AUCAUUUGAGCUUGUCCGCCAAGCUUCCAAGGCCUCGUGUUCCACGAUGGGGAAUCUCCAGUGCUGAACAUCUUAUCUUGGCUCUGUUGCCGUCCAUCCCCUUUUGCUAAGAACAUUCUAUGUAUAAGUAGUCAAAGUAGGUAGCGAUGGCAUGUCUGGGGAAUCGUGAAGGUCUUCUGAGGGUGUAGCUCCUUUAUACAAAACCACAUCGCCAAUCUCGUCCGAGCUUCCGAUAUGAUGAUGUCGCGUGCCGCCGCAGCGCUGCUGCUUUCGUUUGGAGUCUCGUCGGUUCUUGGAUCGCUCCGUUGCUUCAACGACGAUUUGGUCGCCGUCGAGACCCCCGUCAUCGCGCUCCCUGCCUACGCCAAGCGCCAGGAGUCCAAGCCGGUCGACGUGUACUUUCACGUCACCAGCACCGUAGCCAACAAGGACAGAAUCACCGACGCAGUCGUCGAUGCCCAGUUCGAGGUCCUGCACUCGACCUACCUCAAGCACGGCUUCUCACUAACCCUCGUCAACGUCUCCCGCAUCGUAGACGACGUCCUCGGCAAAGGCUUCUACGAAGACUCCGGCAUCGGCAUCCCCGACUUCGAAGGCUACGUCGCCUGGCGCACCGCCACGCGCCGCGGCGGCUACGACGCGCUCAACGUCUACUUCUUCUCGGACCUGGGCGCCAGCCUCGGCGGGCAGUGCGCGCUCGCUGGCGUCGUGCAGGAGGGCAGCCAGCAGUUUUAUACUGAUGGGUGCUGGGUCAACGGCGACUCCAUGCCCGGCAUGACGCCCCGUAGCGGCAACGACACGGUACCGCGGAAGGGGCAUGUUGCUGUCCAUGAGGUUGGGCACUGGUUUGGGCUGCUUCAUACGUUCAAUGGAAGGUUCUGUGAGGAGAUUAAUGACCAGGUUGCGGAUACGCCUGCGCAGGCUGGUGGGAGUUCGGGGUGUCCUGUGGGGAGGGACUCGUGCCCUGAUUCGCCUGGGUUGGAUCCUAUUCACAACUUUAUGGACUACUCUGAUGAUACUUGCACGACUGAGUUUACUCCUGGGCAGGAGGAGCGCAUGCACCAGCAGUUUGAUGUGUACAGGAGAUGGCAAGGCUAG